AUGUAAUCAGAUUUCGAUUACUCUAGAUUCGCCCUAUAUAAUAGUGGGUUUUCAUUAUCAAAGUAGUCUCCAGGCCAUACCAGGUUACUAGUUUUCACAGUACUGUCAACCAGUAGACAUCGAUAUCCUGAUAAUGCUUGAAAAAAAACCUAGCUUCCCAAAAGCUUAUACAAAGCUUUUUAAGUUAGAUACACCAGAUACACUCGUCAAUUCACAUCUCAAUCAGCAGUCAAUAAUAUGUGACUUAAAAACUGGUGCACGAAAAUCCCCAUUAGUGCCAAAGUUCACGAACAAAAUUCCUGUGAAAACAAUGAAAGAUGUUUUUGAAUAUGGCUUAAAUACCGCAAGAACGCUGUUAACAGCCUUUCAAAGAUUCUUCCAUACGCCGAUCAUAUUUUUGCAAUUAAGAUGGAAGAUUUCAUGGACUUGAAGUUUUGAUCUAUCCAUUUUUGAUGUGAUUUUGAAAUGCUCAUUUGUAGGGCUUUAUCCAUGUCUCGGAAAACGACUCUCUCUAAAUGAUCCAUAUUCGUGGCUCGUUUACAGUGAGGUGGAUAAGAAAAUAAUGGCUAUUGGGUCAGCUCUUGUGAAAACUGUGAAACAAAGACGUAAUUCUGAAAACUUUGUGGGAAUCUAUGGACGGAAUUCACCAGAGGUAAUAACAAAUAUCUGAUUUUAAAUUAGCGACUACUCGGUCAUCGAGGCUUAUUCAACGUUAUCUUGCUUAGUGCCACUAAAUAUUCCUGAUC